CAUAGGUCGGUGCCUCAGAAGCUGCUGUUUGUUUUGAUUCAGUUCAACUAAAAAAACAAACAUAAUGUUUCACUGCUGAUUUAAUUCUUAUGCGUCCACAUCGAGAAAUAAACGAUGUGUCUUUCACCCUCGGAGAGAACCACCCCAUGUUCCUCCGCCAGCUGAGCUCCUUCGGCUCCUCCUUCCUUCCUCGCCGCCGUCCCGCUCUCUGCAGGGCCGGCUUCAGGAGCAGCAGUGCCUCCUCCUCCUCCUCCAACCUCCCCCAUUUCAUCCCCGCUCCUCAUCCAUGUUGGUCAGUGCGGGGCUUUCCCCCCUGGCCUCCUCGACUCCCCCACUCCCACCCAGCGGCGCACCAGAUCCUUUCUUCUAGGACCUCACGCCCUCAGAGCUUCAACCCGGCUAACUUCGGCGGUAGGCGUUCGUUCUUCACCUCUGCCGGCCUCAUGAUGGAGCGGCCCACCAGAGACAGAGAGCCUCCUCACAAACGGAGGAAGAGUGCAGAGGAGAGCAGGAGCGUCGGAGAAAGGGAAGGACACAGAGGUGGAGCAGCAGGAGGCAGGGACGGAGGCUCCGAGAGGGAGCACCGUCGCCUGGAUUCCCGCGCAGACAGCCGGCCUCGAUCCAACCACCGCUUCAAAGAUGGGAGUCGAGACCGAGGGAACAACGCAGCCGGAGCGGGCGUCAGCAGGGAAAACAGCAGAGGUAAAUAUGUAGAAAGGACUAGAACUGGGGACAAACAGGGACGGCGAACAGACAGCGCCGCUCGAGAUGAAUCCCAAAGUCGAGGGCGUAAAGAUUCACAACCUGCUAGGACUCAACCCGUGCACAAACCCAACCCCUGGUUCAAAGAGAGGAGCGCAGAGGGAACAGCGGGGCACUCGAGGGACAGGAGCAGUGAUGGAGGGGAGUGGCCGAGUCUUCCCUCCCACCACGACAGCACCUCUGUCCCCUCAAACCCGUGGCAGGUAGUCGGAGCCAGCAGGGAGCCUCCUCCACCUGGAACCUCCCCGCCUGUCAGGCAACGCAAAGACGUUAAACCAGCCAAAUCUCUUCAUAGACACUGGGAGACUCCGGCCUGCAGUACUGGCGUCCAACCACCAGGGGGCAGCGCAGCGUUUGAUUUCUCAGUGAUGUCCUACAACAUCCUGUCCCAGGAGCUGCUCCAGGACAACGCCUACCUGUACCGACACUGUAACCCCGCCGUGCUGCACUGGAACCACCGGCUGCCCAACCUGCUGGCUGAGAUCCAGCAGUACAACGCUGAUAUCCUGUGUCUUCAAGAAGUCCAGGAGGACCACUAUGAAAACCAGAUCAAACCUGCUCUACAGGCUCUAGGUUACCAGUGUGAGUACAAGAAGCGAACAGGAAGCAAACCAGACGGUUGCGCCGUAAUCUUUAAAUCCUCCCGCCUGUCGCUCCUCUCCUCCAAUCCCGUUGAGUAUUUCCGGCCCGGCGACGCCCUCCUUGACCGGGACAACGUGGGAUUGGUUGUGCUGCUGCAACUUAACGACGCCACGGGCCAGUCGGAUCCCUCCGCCUUCAUCUGCGUCGCCAACACUCACCUCCUCUACAACCCUCGCCGCGGCGACAUCAAACUGGCACAGCUGGCGAUCCUAUUGGCCGAGAUCAGCCGGCUGUCCCGCCUCCCGGAUGGGUCAACCAAUCCGGUUGUGCUGUGUGGGGAUUUUAACUCCACCCCCCGGAGUCCGCUGUACAGCUUUCUGACCACAGGCAGCCUGGACUACAGAGGACUGCAGAUCGGCACGCAGUAGAAGGAGCGAUCUCUAAUCUCACCGUAGAAGAUCUUGCCAACAAAGCUGCCGUUGCUUUUAACAGAUCGAGGAUCGAGCACAGUCUGAAGCUGCAGUCAUCCUACCAGCACCACCUGAUGCCUGAUGGGAGACCUGAGAUCACGACAUAUCACUCCCGCACAUCCAUGACUGUGGAUUACAUCCUGUACACUCCCGAAUCCAUCACACCUCCGUCACUUCCUGGUGGGCGUGGCCUCCACCUUCUGGGCAGGCUGUCAUUGGUUGGCCAGUCGGAGCUGGAGGAAGUCAGCGGCCUGCCCAAUCACUAUCACUCGUCCGAUCACCUCCCUCUUCUUGCUCGCUUCCGCUUCCGGCGCUGACCUGGGGUCGUUGGACGGCCAAUCAGAACAGGUCUCAGCCUCAACGCUAACAGUGCAGCUCAGGGAAGACAGGAGGGUUUAACCACCACGCACAAUAAUCAAAACUACGUUCGAGUCGGCACACGUGUGCUGCCUAAAGAAAAGGGAUUAAAUUCAGUUUUCCAGCAAACAGCUGUGAAGCACAGUUACAGAUGUUUAGGUGUGUCAGUUAUUUCUCUGCAGGGAACAAACUCUCUUCUCUAAAACUCUGCUGGCUGAUGAAAUGGUGACGUCCAAGAAGAACCUUCACUUAAAUACACUUAAAUCAGCAAGUUUGUAGGCAUAAGGUGGUGUGAGUAAAAUCUUCCCCACAGUGUUGCUAAAGUGCAAAAUAUGAAUAAAAACUACAAAUACUUGAAUGCAGCAUGUCCAAAAGUUCACUGAAGGCUGAAAUGUUUCUGGUUUGGACGUUUUGCAUUUAAGCAUUUGAGUUUGUGUUUUAUUUACAUUUUUAGAAGAAUUUUUAAGAUUUAAAGAAAUCUGUCAGACUGAGUGUUCAGAUCAUCUUCAGGGCAGAAGAAUGAUGUUGCACAUGCCCAGUUCCUGUUUGUUAUCAAGUUGAUGUUAGAAACCAAAAGAACAGUCGAAUGAUUUUGUCCUUUAUGUCGUUAUUGUUAUCGUUGACUAAUAAUGAAUCAUUGUCGGGGUAUUGAACAACCAUAAGGAUUGUUUUAGACCGGUUCAUGCGGCUCUCUGUAGCAACUAAAAAUGUUGAGGAAAACAAACAUCGCCUGUAUGUAGAAACAUGGAUUAUUCUUCACGACCAAAGCUAACAUUUCAUUUGAUUCUUAAUCGUUCCCCUGUUGUAGAAAAUGUUUACUUGCUUUCUUUUUUGCAGAAAAACCACUUGUAUUUAAAACUGCUUUGUUUCAAGAAUUUAUGAGGGGACAGAUUUUUACUCUGUUUUUUAAAGUGUGAACAUUAUCACUUGAAGUUAAAGUGCUGCUGAAGAGUAAAACUACUUGAUCAUUGUGUUUCUCAUGAUAGAUGGCAGAGCUACUAACACAACAUGGUGCAACAUCAGAAUAAUCCUGGAUUUCCACAUUGAACAUGUUUUUUGUACGGUGCAUUAUACGAAAGGGGAAGAUAAAUAAAUCAGCAUUGUAUAAAGAGUACCAGUAGGUGGCCAUGGCAGUGUUUGAUUAUGCAAAAUGCAGAAUGUUUAUCAUAGCAGUGAUAGUUUAGACUAGACAAAAUGCAUGAAAGGACAGUUAAAGAAAAGUAAUUGAUGAUUAAAUUCCCCUUUAAACAGUUUGAGUGAUGGAAUUUAUACAUAUAUCAUUGCUUUGUAAUGUUUUAUAUUAUCCACUGUGACAAAAAAAAGAAAAGUAAAUCCACAUGAAAUGAAACACUGUACAGGAGGAGAUUAUAUCUCUUCAUGUUUGAUUUGUUUAUCAUUAAAAAUAUUAAUUUAUAAGUGCUUCACAUUUAAAAUAAUAUUUAGAAAGGUGGAUAUGCUUUAGAUUUCAUCUGCAGAUCCAGUCUGUAAAAGCUUUUAUUUUCUCAACCUAGAAGUGUAAACGGUAUGAAUUUAGUGCGAUCGGUGAAAAGAAAAGGAAAAUGGUGGGAUCGAACUUUUCAAAUGCACUAAUGGAUAUUGUGCUAUAAUUUCAGACUUACAUACAUAAUCAAUGAGGAGUGGAUAUAUUUUUUUAACAUUCUUGUUUAUAUUGAUUGUAAAUAAAGGACUUUGGUGUUUUUA